UCCUGAGGUGAACACGGCCCAGAUAUGUUGAGCCACAAACAGUGGAUGACCUGUAAUGUCCUGGACCUUUAACCAGAACAGGAAAUAUUAUCCUACGGCAAAGAUCAUUUACACGUGUUGGUGCAAAGCAUGUUCCUGUGGCAAUAUCUGACACUGAUCCUGCCGGUAACUGUUCAAAUAUGCAAAGCUCAAAUAUGUGACGAAUUUACAGAUCUAGAUCUCAGCCACGCGAUCAUUGGAACCAGCCUCAAGAUCAGGUUGUUGCUAUACACGAGGGAUAAUGGCACCUGUGGCACACUGGUGUCCCAGAGCGACCUUUCCGCACAUCCCCAGUUUAACUGGUCCAGACCGACCACCUUUGUCAUUCAUGGGUAUCGGCCUACUGGAUCACCACCGGUGUGGUUGCUGAAGAUCACGGAGCUGCUGCUGGCCAGGGCAGACGUCAAUGUCAUAGUGGUGGACUGGAACCGCGGAGCUACUAAUAUCAAUUAUUUUAAGGUAGUGGAGAACAUGCACAAGGCAGCCGACAACCUCGCCGCGAUCAUUAAAAGGAUGCAGGAGCACGGCGCCUCUCUGAGCUCCAUCCACAUGAUCGGAGUCAGCCUUGGGGCUCAUAUAUCAGGCUUCGUAGGCGCCAAACUGAAUGGGUCACUGGGAAGAAUUACAGCUCUGGAUCCAGCUGGGCCUCAGUUCACUGGCACUAAUCCAGAGGAACGCCUGGACCACACAGACGCCCAGUUUGUAGAUGUCCUGCACACAGACAUGGAUGGCCUGGGCUUCAGAGAACCUCUGGGUCACAUUGAUUUCUAUGCUAAUGGUGGAGCGGACCAACCCGGUUGCCCGAAGACCAUCUUUUCUGGAGGAUCCUAUUUUAAAUGUGACCACCAGAGGUCCGUGUUGCUCUUCCUGGACUCCGUGAAAGGGGCGUGUACCAGCAAGGCGUACCCCUGCGCCUCCUACAAGGCCUUUCUGGAUGGUGACUGCUUGAGCUGUGACCGCUUUGGUGCUGCUGGAUGUCCUGUCUUUGGUUACGAUGUGACAGAGUGGAGAGAUGUCCUGGUGAGGACGGGUCCAACCAAAACCUUCUUCACCACAAAUACAGACUCUCCAUUCUGCAGGACAAACUACAGGAUGGAGGUGAUGAUUUGGAACGAGGACAUACGUUUCGGGUUCAUCACGGUUAAACUUCACGGUAACGGUAAAGAAGCAGUGGCAACCAUUAACCAUAAAGCAUCAGAGUUCAAGAAGUACACAGAGACCACGUUGUUGGCCCAGUUUGACAAAGACAUUCAGUCAGUGAAAAAAGUGUCUCUCAAAUUCUCCACCGGGAAUGUAUUGAAGGCCAAAUAUAAGCUCCGUGUUCUCCGAAUCCGUCUCAGACAUCUGGAACGCUUGGAGAGGCCUCUCUGUCGAUAUGACAUCCUCCUGCAGCAGGACAAAGAGGUCACCUUCAAGCCAAUUCACUGUGAAGAGUCCAACUUCUGAGACAAAAUUCAACGUUAACUCAUAGGAACUAACCUGGCUGCACAACAAUGAAAUGUGAUAUACUAUAUUAUGUACAUUUGUUUUUAAGAGAAAAUACAUGUUUU